ACGGGCGGUGGCAGAGGGUACGGGGGACCUGACCGAAAGCAAAGCCCGUAACCCCCGUUUGCGGGCCGAGCCCACUUCAGACACGCCGUGUCCUCCGCGUGGUCCACAUCAUCUUGUCCUGACCGCCUCUCUUUCUCUCUCGCUUCCUCUUUGCGUUCCAUCUUUCUCCCUAUCUUUUUCUCCCUAUCUCUUUCGCGCGCGCGCGUGUAUCUCUCGCUGCGCUCUCGCGCCCUUGCCACGGUCUGCUCGUUGGUACCUGUGCUUGUGCCGCGUUCUCCCUCCUGCCUCCGCCUCGUCGACGCUCCACGUUCUUCUCCUCGAGCGGGUUCGCCGAGCGGCCGACCGCAGUUUGCGGUCUCCACCGCGAGUUUGCCCUCGCGUCGCGCGGAGACCUGGCACUCCGCCGGCUACCAGGAGUAACUGCACGUGCUCUGCGCCACGGGUACGAGGUGAUGAGCGCCGGCCUGCCGAGAAGAGGAGGAAACAGUCGAGGAAUCGCGGCCACGGGACUGCGACUUCCGACGGUGGCGGCUUUUCCCGAGGAGUCGGAAGCUGAACGCGUGAUUACCAGUGAGCUCAACUAAUUGUAAGUGGAAGUGGAACAGCGAGAACAUUGUUUAAGAAGAUUCCUCCGCGAUAGACGUUUGGCCUGAAGGAAGAUCGAUUGAUAAAAAUCGACGUUGAGAUGUUGCUUCUGCAGUGCGAUCAGUUACGAGUGUAAUCCUGCUGACGGGAUGGUUGAGCCGUGAUCUUGAUGAUUGAUCGGACCUUUAAAGGAGCUAAGGAAUGCGUGCGUUCUUCAAGUAAAAGAAGAACAUCCACCUCGCGAUUUCAUCAAGGACAAGCCGAUUGUACUUUGCGUGGCUAUCGGAGCGAAAUAAAAAUAGAGGACGGACGAGACGCACGGAAGGAAGCGCCGAGAUAAAGACCGGAUCAUCGGUUCACACGGCGAAAGGUGGUUGUUGAGAGAAACCUUCCUGUCAUCUGACGUGACCAUUAUACAGUCAACUUCUCUCCCUCCCUCCCUCCUUCCCUCCCUUUCUCUCUUUCUUUUUCUAUCCGUCUUUCCGGCUUUCGUGUCGCAUCUACGUCUCAUUGCCGUGAAAGCGGAGUCACUUCCUGCGUGUGGCAAACGCGCGACGCACGUCAGGACGACGACGUCUCGCCAGGACUCGAGGCGCGACGUCGUACGUGCCAUGCAAUGUCGGUGAAUUGAAUCGAGGCAAGAACGACAAGAAUCGGGGAAGACCGAGGUGAAAAACGGGAAACGUGGGACACCUUCGAAACUGGUUACGAGGGAGGUCCUCGAGGAGAUCGAAUGCCACUCGGAAGCUAAGGAGUACACGGACUGAUAUCAUAAAAAAUCAACAGAUACGGCACGCUGAUCGCUCGUCGCCAUGCCGCACACUGGACAAGCCGGGGUGAAUCAAUUAGGCGGCGUCUUUGUGAACGGCAGGCCGUUGCCGGACUGCGUGCGCCAGAGAAUCGUGCAGCUCGCCAUGGUCGGAGUCAGACCGUGCGAUAUUUCUCGACAGCUACUCGUGUCCCACGGCUGCGUCUCCAAGAUACUCACGAGAUUCUACGAGACGGGAAGUAUCCGACCCGGCAGCAUCGGCGGAAGCAAGACGAAGCAAGUAGCCACGCCGACAGUGGUAAAAAAGAUUUUACGGAUGAAGCAGGAACAGCCGACCAUGUUCGCCUGGGAGAUCCGCGAGCAGCUCGCGCGACAGGGAGCUUGCGAUCCCCAAAGCUUACCUUCCGUAUCGUCGGUCAAUCGUAUUCUUCGAGGUGGCGGGCUUCAUACUGAUAUCCCUGCCAUCGAGAACGGCGCAUCUGGCGGAUAUACGUCACAAAUUCCGUCGAACGCUGGAACCAGAGAUACACUCAUGAGAACGGAUUAUCAGCUGUUCUACCCGGGCGCUCUAGGACCGUUGCACAUUUCUACGAACACCGGCAAUACCGGCACACCGUCGUGGAAUCAGAGCUUCUACUCGUCCCUCUAUCAAGCGACGACCUUGCACUUGCAGCAUGGAAUGCAAUCCUUCGCACCUUUAGAUGCCGAACGUUUGUCAGAGCAAAACGGCGCGCAAAGUCAGCUGGAGCUGAAGUCGAGUUCGAGCUCGACGGCCGGCAGCGACGAUUCGCUGGACAAGAGCGACCUGGAUGAGAACUUGGUCGAAUCACAAGACCACUAUAAGUCCUUUCGGAGCACGCCGAUUAUCCUGGAGCUUAGCCAGAAAAUCGGCAGCGAUCGGAGCGCGUUCGUCAGGCACGGUACGCCCAAUUCGCACGCCAUGAACUCGGACAAUCCGCGCGAGAGCCCGAUAUCGAUCGUCGAGACGUCGAAGCGGGAUCCUCCAACGUCGCACAGGAUCCGCGAAACGAAGAACACGAGUCCAAGUACGACGAUGACGACGAAUGAGGGAGCGGCGGUGGAGAAUCAGCCGCCGCAGCCGCAGAAGAAGAAGAAUCCCUACUCGAUAGAGGAGCUGCUCAAAAAGGACGAGAGCAAAUCCACGUCCAGAAGGCCGAGAUUGCCCAACAUCGGCGUGGUCCAACCGUGCGGCAUUAUCGUGAGCAAGGAAAUUUAAGGAUGUCGAUCUCGUGUCGAGCGCCCAAAGGCUGUCAGAGUUGCAAAUAUACGUUGCUUUUGCGUUAUUUACACGAAGUAUAGACCAUAUCGAAAUUCAGCGAUGAAGCUUUGCUCGGGCGGACGUUAUACAGUGUGAGCAUACAUCAUCGGCCAUAGGUACGUGUGUAGUAUUAGCGGGUGCAAAGAAAAAUUGUACGAUGUAAAACGCAUUUGAUGAAAGUUGAGUAUAGCAGGGUAGAGGUAGCAGGAAAUUGAAUACCAUUGACAAGGAAAGGCUCAGAACUCGACUGCGUUGAUUUAAAACUUGGCAGGAUUACAAAGAAAGUUUCCUCAAACAAUACUCUUAUUUGAGUGCAGAUGAUCAAUCAUUUUCGAGAUAUUUUAUCAAUAAAUUUAAUGGCGUCUUUAAAGUUUAUUAGUACACUCACAUACGAGUAUUUGUGGCAUAGUGUAUAUGGUAACUGUUUCGUAAUUAUUUUAUUUAUACGUUA